GCUCUUCCUGUUCUCAGCUUCCGUCCUCUCAGCUUCCUUACAGCACCCCUACCUGCCAGAGCGGAGCGUCCCCAGGCCUUGCCUGGCCUGACACAGGCCCUCAGUCCCUCUGGCCGGCCGGAAAUUCUUUUACCCCCAAUGAGAGGAGGGGUGGACCCAGGUCUCUUAAGAGCUGAAGGUUGAAGGUGCUGAGCCAACGCGGAGACAGUCACCUGUGCCCCGAAGACACUUGUACCCUCUUAUGUGGAGCCGAGAUGGGGAACGGGACCGAGGAAGAUUAUAACUUUGUCUUCAAGGUGGUGCUGAUCGGAGAGUCUGGCGUGGGCAAGACCAACCUGCUGUCCCGCUUCACGCGCAAUGAGUUCAGCCACGACAGCCGCACCACCAUCGGGGUGGAGUUCUCCACGCGCACUGUCAUGUUGGGUACCGCCGCCAUCAAGGCUCAGAUCUGGGACACGGCUGGCCUGGAGCGGUACCGAGCCAUCACCUCGGCGUAUUACCGUGGUGCUGUGGGGGCCCUCCUAGUGUUUGACCUAACCAAGCAUCAGACCUACACCGUGCUGGAGCGCUGGCUGAAGGAGCUCUACGACCAUGCGGAGGCCACCAUCGUCGUCAUGCUUGUGGGCAACAAGAGCGACCUCAGCCAGGCUCGGGAGGUGCCCACCGACGAGGCCCGCAUGUUUGCUGAAAACAAUGGACUGUUGUUCCUGGAGACCUCGGCCCUGGACUCCACCAAUGUGGAGCUGGCCUUCCAGACGGUUCUCAAAGAGAUUUUUGCAAAGGUGUCCAAGCAGAGGCAGAACAGCACGCGGCCCAACGCUGUCACCCUGGGCAGUGCCCAGGCCGGGCAGGAGCUCGGCCUUGGCGAGAAGAGGUCCUGUUGCAUCAACCUCUGACCUUCACCCCGGCCCCCAGCCCCACUCCAGCUGCAGGACCUUCGCUGCCCUGUGGUUCCAGAUGCCAGCCUGGCCAGUUCCCUGUUCACAGCCCUGCGGAGUUCUAAGCUCUUCACACCCCCAUUUCUCUAUUAUCUGCCCUCCAAUUCGCAGACUAGGGCCCUCAAAUAAACUGUUUUGUACCAAC